AGGCAUCGCUCUUUCUCCAAACGCUGCGUAAGAGAGCAGGCCUCUCCCAGACCUGCGAUCUUUGAUAGCGAUUGGGCUUUCGCAUCAAAAGAUUAAAAAAAUAAAAUAAAAUUCCAAUGUAAGGAAGAAUCUCGAUCGCAAUUUCUUAAAUCUCAAAUCUACUCGACAUUUCCCGGACGCUGAAACUCCGAUCGCAUUAAUCAGGUUCCAGUUGAUGGCGUUGAUAUGGUGACUGCAGAUAGCACAAUCAUGUCGACAGAAGAAGGACAGGAUGAUGGAACACUGCAAAGUCCUACAAAGAAUGUUGAAGUGGAGAACCAUUCUUCUGAUGAAGGCCAUAAAGGAGAUGAAUCUCUUGGGAAUGACAUGGUGACUGCAGAUGACACAAUUAUAUCAACGCAAGAGGGGCAAAAUAAUGGAACAUUGGAAGGUCCAAUGAAGGAUGCUGAAGAACUGGAGAACCAUUCUUCUGACAUUGACCACCGAAGAGAUGGAACUCUUGGCAAUCCUGAAAUGGUGACUGCAGAAGGCACAUUCAUAUCAUCAACACAAGAGGUGCAGAAUGAUGGAUCAAUGGAAGGUCUUAUGAAGGGUGCUGGACUGGAGAACCAUUCUUCUGACACAGAUCACCAAAGAGAUGGGUGUCUUGCUAAUCUCAAAACGGUGACUGCAGAGGGCACAUUCAUAUCAACACCAGAGAGCCAGAAUGAUGGAACACCCAGAAGUCCUACAAAGAGUGCUGAAAAACUGGAGAACCAUUUGUUUUACCCCAACCACAAAACUGAUGGAGGGGAUGUUGACAAUGGCAAUGGGGUUUCUGAUGUUGUCACAUGCCUCGACGAUAGCCAGGAUCAUCUUGUACAAAUGGCUAUCGAACUCAAUUUCCAGAAUGAGUAUUUAAAGGCUCAGUUUGAGGGCUUGAAAAAUCAGCAUUUACAGUCUGUGGGGUCUUCCAAACAAAUAAAUGCUAGUGGGCAGGAAGAGGGUGCAUCAGAACAUGUGAAAGAGCUACAUGAAAAAAUACGUUCUUUGAAUAGAGAAAUUCAGGAGCAAAAAGAAACACAAACUGCUGCAGAGGGUGCUUUGAAGCAUCUUCAGGUGGCAUACUCCGAGACAGAUGCAAAAGCCCAAGAGCUUUCCGCCAAACUUAUUGAAGUUCAACAGAAGAUGGACCAAGAAAUAAAAGAGCGUGAUGAUAAGUAUGUUGAGCUUGAUUCAAAGUUUGGAAGGCUUCUCAAACGUGCCAAGCAACGGAUACAAGAACUACAGAAGGAAAAAGAUGACCUUGAAGCCCGCCUUCGUGUUGUGAAUGAGAUGGCUGAUCAAGCAUCAUCUCAACAAGCAUCACUUCAACAGGAGCUGGAACGCACCCGACAACAAGCAAAUGAAGCACUACGAUCAAUGGAUGUGGAGCGACAACAAUUACGAACUGCAAACAAUAAACUUCGAGAGAGCGUAGAUGAGAUGCGCCACUCAUUAGAAGCUAAAGAGAAUGCCCUCGAGGGAUUGCAGCAUACAAUUUUUGAGAAAGAUCAGAGGUUAGAAGACAUGCAAGGCUUACUGCAAUCUAUGGAUGAGAAAAGGCAAGCUUCAAUCUCUGAGCUUUCUGCCAAACACCAGAAGCAUUUAGAAAGCUUAGAAGCCCAACUUGCUGAUGCAUUAUCAGACAGAAGCAAAGCAGCUGAAACCAUAUCAUCUUUGCAAGUUCAAAUUGCCGAAAAAGAGUCUGAAUAUGCAGAGCUUGAUGCAGCUUCAACUGGUGAAGCAGUACGGCUUGGAGCUGCAAUAGAGGAAGCAAAAGGAGAAAUUGUUCAUCUCAAACAAGAACAUGAAAAAGAAAAAGAGAUCUGGGAUGCUGCCUAUCAGGCACUCAAAUCUAAGCUAGAAGCAUCUGAGAGUACCUGUCUACGCUUAGAGAUUGAAGCAGCUAAAAUGAGAAGUCAGUUGGAACUAGAGUUGUCAAUACAAAACCAACUGCUAAAUACGAGAGAUUCUGAACUCAUGGAUGCCAAGGAAGAGAUCAACCACCUGCAAAGCGAAUUUUCUGCUUACAAGGUCCGUGCACAUGCACUUCUCCAAAAAAAGGAUGCAGAGUUACUUGCAGCUAAGGACACUGAAGUAGUCAAAGCUCAGGAGGAAGCAAUAAAAGAAGCCGAAAGAGAAUUAGCACUGACAUCAGCAGAAAGGGAUAAGGCCCUUCGAGAUCUUCAGGUUGCUAUGGCUAAUCAUGAUAAAGAACUUGCAGCAAGGGAUUCUGCUCUUACUGAUGCCAAGCAACGUAUUAGAAGCAUUGAAGUAAAACUUGAUUCUGUCAAUGCCCAUUACCUCUUGGAUAAAGAAGCAUGGCAGAGAAACCUUGAAAAUCUGGAAGAAACCUGGCGAUUGAAAUAUGAGGCAUUAGAGGCUCAAAAUAAUGGAUGGGCUGCACAAGAUCUUCAAAAGGAAUUAGAAGUGCUCAGACUACAGUAUAAAAAAUUGCAGGAAGAGCAUGAUUCUUUUCGUGAUCUUGCUGAUAGAGUGAUGGAGGAGAAGGAUAAAGAGAUAGCCAAACUCCUAGAUGAUAACAAGAAUCUUCAUCGGUCUAUAGAAGUGAGACAAUCGGUUGAGUACAAUGACAACCAAAAUGCAAGCAAGGAGGAUUCCCAACUUUCAAGUAUAGAAAUGGCAGAACAGCAGAUUCUGCUUUUAGCACGGCAACAAGCUCAAAGGGAGGAAGAACUUGCACAAUCGCAACGGCAAAUAUUGGCACUUCAAGAUGAGAUUGAGGAGCUGGAACGUGAAAAUCGUCUCCAUAAUCAUCAGCAAGCAAUGUUGAAGACUGAGCUCCGGAACAUGGAACGAAUGCAGAAACGUGAAGGAGUAGAUAUGACAUAUCUGAAAAAUGUGAUCUUAAAGCUGCUCGAAACAGGUGAAGUGGAGGUUCUACUUCCAGUGAUUGGGAUGUUGCUACAGUUCAGCCCUGAAGAGAUAAAAAAGUGCCAACAAGCUUACAGCUCCUCGACUGAAUCCUCAAGUCCUGCAACAGCACAGGCUGAUGCUGCAUCAUCUGGGUCUGGCUCUCUCUUCUCAAGGUUUUCAUUUACAUAGUGGCGGAAGUUGGUUGCAGAAAUCCUCACCAGCCAAACAAAUGCAACGACAUAUUUCUCAGCGGAAGGGAAGUUGGAUCAUGCCAACCAAUCAAGAAGCAAAGCAGAGCUUUCCGCAAUGCAAGGGUUCCAACAUGGAACCUAAUUUAUAAUUUCCCAGCAUCAUGUGUGCUGUAAUUAUUUUGUAACAGUAAGCUUUAGUCCAUGAAAUUACAUGGUGUAAAGAGAAAAAAGAAAAAGGAAAAGGAAACUAAUAAAGAAAUGAAAAUGGGAAGAGAGCCAAACAGGCAGUGUAAGUGUGAGGCAGAAUGGAGAAGAGAAAACAGGUUAAUCAUGUGAGUUUUCUUUUUUUUUGACUUCUUACUUUAGUAAUUCCAUGAUUCGUAAUUACACAUGAAAGUUGGAUUUGCA